UUUAGACCAAAUGCUACACUCCUAGAGCGUCGCUGCACUGUCAUGUGGACGUGUCGAAAACGAAGGAAAGUAAACGGAUAUUGCAGCCGCGACAAUGUCGUCGCGCGACAGGACUAAUGAAUUUGUUAAAGCUGUUCGAACGAUGGAAGUCAGAACCGUGGCUCGGACAUCGGUUCUGCAAAAUCCUCGUCGGGCACGCCAAUUACACAGUUACUCGAAUUUCAUGAUGAACGCUAAAAGCAUUGGAAAAAAUAUAGCGAGCACAUAUGCUAAGUUAGAAAAACUUGCUCUAGUGGCAAAAAGGAAGUCUAUAUUCAAUGACAGACAAAUGGAAAUUGAAGAAUUAACAAACAUGAUAAAAACAGAUCUAAAAAGUUUGAAUCAUCAAAUAGGAAAACUACAAGAACUUAGUAAAAAGCAACGGGAAAAAUAUGGUGCAUCUCAAAGUCAUCACAUGGCUUCACAUUCAUCUUCAAUUGUUAUGGCCUUACAAUCAAAACUAGCAAACAUGUCAAAUCAUUUUAAAAGUGUACUUGAAGUGAGAUCAGAGAAUAUGAGAGAAGAACAAAGUAGAAGACAACAAUUUACUCAAGGAACUGUAUCCACCAUGUUACCUCCAAGUGUAACUGGAAAACAAGGUUCAUUGUUGUUACAAGAAGAAAAUUCUCCUUCUGUGGCUAUCGACCUGGAACCAGCAAUGGGACAACUAGUAAUGCAACGUGCGAUACAAGAUGACACUGAUGCUUACCUUCAAUCAAGAGCAGAAACAAUGCAAAACAUAGAAUCAACUAUAGUUGAACUUGGAGGAAUUUUCCAACAAUUAGCACACAUGGUUAAAGAACAAGAAGAAAUGGUAGAAAGGAUAGAUAGCAAUAUAGAAGAUACAGAAUUAAAUGUAGAAGCUGCACAUGCAGAAAUUUUAAGAUAUUUCCAAUCCGUAACUAAUAACAGGUGGUUAAUGAUAAAGAUCUUCGCGGUUCUUAUAUUUUUCUUUAUAUUUUUUGUAGUAUUUUUGGCAUAAAAUAAUUGUUACAUUAUUAUUGUGCAUAUUUCUUUAUGCAACUGUGUAUUUGACCAUCCAUAUCCAUUACAUGUGAUAUAAGAUGAUCGAAGAACAAGCCGAAUUUUUAUAAAAUUACGACUCAUUAGCUAUAGAGUUAUAGUAUAAUCAUUGCAUUCCUCGACCUCUUUGUUGAAUUGUGAAUACUGUAAGUAUUAAUUAUUGAAUGAUCCAACAAUGUAGACAAACGGCUACAUUGUUGUUCAUAAAAUGUAAAAAGGAAACUGUGGAUAAUAAAUGUAUAAUUUUCAA